AUGAAGAGAAUGAAAUUGGAUUGGACAGGAGAUUCAGAACAAAGGCUAAAUGAAUUGAAUAUGCUUGAUAAGUUUCGACUUAAGGCCUAUGAAAGUUCAACCAUCUACAAAGAGAACAUGAAAAGGUAUCAUGAUCAAAGAAUCGAAAAGAGAGCAUUUGCGGUAUGUGAUGUUGUGCUUCUAUUCAACUCUAGGCUGUGUUUGUUUUCGAGUAAACUCAAGUCCAAAUGGACAGGGCCAUUCCUCAUUACCAAAGUUUUCCCACAUGGAGCGGUUGAGCUGGAGAACAAGGAAGUCAAAAAAGGUCCACAGUAA